CCUGUACCACGCAGACCUGGUGACUAAAGCUUUGGUUAUUGCUUUGUUAUUGAUUGAUACUUCAUGUUUUGAAAGUGUCUGCUAUUGUCAUGUAAAAAUUGACACUUGAUUUCACAGUCAGAGCAGGCUGUGUUGUAAAAAAGAAGUUUGGAGUCUGAAAAAUGGUAAAGAUUUGCGGCAAACAGAAUGAAACUAUUGGUUUAGAGACUCUUUUAGCACUUUUCUGUCUAUUCAUUUGUCUCAAACCUUCAUUGUGUGACAAAUGCCUUCUUGAUGCCUCAGUGCAGCUCAUGACACCGAAAAGUGAUUACGGAGAGUUCAAGAAUGCCACUUGCCAAAAGGAUUUGUGUCAGAUCACAGCACCGUAUGCAUCUUGGAUUGGAUCUCACAGUAUUACUUUGACCUGGAAAGCUCUGAAUCAAUCGGAUGUUGUGUAUAUUCCUCAAUGGACAAGCCCUAGUUUGUCUGGAGUUUGGGCACAAGCAAAGAACGUUACAGAAUCAACAUACACUGUUGAACAGCUUGAACCUUUCACCUGUUACAAGUUCAGGGUCUGGGCAGUAAAAGCAGAAGGUCACAUUCGUUCACCAGAAAGCCCUUGGUAUCAAACCGAACCAUUUGGAUUGCCAUCCAGCCCUUUCAUCGACAGUAUUGAAAGCCUGUCUGGAGAGAGCGUGGACGUCCAUUGGUCUCCACCUGAGAAACCAGGAGGACCCAUUUUAGGCUUUAACCUCAACCUCACAACCAAACAACACGUCAUCAGUGUAGCAACCAGUGGAAAUGUUUUCUUCACCACAUUCUAUCCUACGUCUCAUAACACCACAUACAGGAUCUCUAUAGCUGCUGUUAACAGGGAAGGUCAAGGAUCUGUAGCUGAAGCCAGUACAACAACACCAGAACGAGCUGAUCAGGAUGGAGGACGUUGGGUGUUUGCAUCUAGAUGGAACACAUUAAGGAAAAGAGAAAAGGAUGCUGAUUUCUUCACUACAGCUGAAUGUCUCUCUGACAGUCUAAUAGAGAGCAACAUCACAGGAGUGGUCAUGCACUACAGUUCAAACAAGGUGUAUUUUUCUGAAGGGACUCAUAUUUGGGUAAAAGGGGCAGAAAAUCUCACUGACCACUCGGAUCUUAAGCUUCUUCACUCUGCUCAACUAAAGGUCACAGCACUGACAAUCGAUUGGCUUUAUCAGAGGAUUUACUAUGUUUCCAGCGGUAGGGUCUUUUAUUGUGGUUUAGAUGACUGUUCUGUUCCAGUCAGUGUAAAUCUCACCCUAUUCAGUGACCUUUUGAACAUAAUUGCAGAUCCAUAUAAUGGCUUUUUAUUCUUGCUGAUGCCCAACGGUAUAUUCCGCACCCCUCUUCACGGCCAACAAGAUGAGUUAACACAAAUUGUGAACACAUCGACAAAUGCUUUGUAUGACUUGGUGGUCAGUUUUCCCAAUAAGAGGCUGGUUUUUCACGACAGAAAGGAUCAGAUGCUCAAAGCCGUGUCUUUGGAUGGCUUACACGCGGUUACACUGUACACAAGCGUUACGUUUGAAGCGACCAGUAUUGUUAACGAGGACGAUUUCUUCAUGCUCACCAAUGGAUACGCACUUUACAAACAGGUUGGCCAUGGUCAGGUGGCCAUCUUUAAUGAAUUCUCUAUGGACUGUGAUAUCUUUAGUCAGUAUGAAGGCUUUGGUAAUCUCUGCUAUUUUAGUCCGUCUGCCCAGCCUUACCCUGUGCCACAAAGGCCGAGAAAUCUCAGAACCCUAUUCGGAUCAGAUAAGGCCAAUCUGUACUGGGAUCAACCUGAAAAUAUGAUCGGAGCAAGUUCAUCUGCUUGGCAAAAUUGGACUUAUUCUGUAAACUGCUCGUUGAAUGGGCUGCUGGUGACCAGCUUUAGCGGUGUUACUGGCACACAUGUAACUGUGUCAGAUCUGCAAAGUUCACAGCGGUACGGUGUGUCUGUCAGGGCUUGUUCUCCUGGUGGAUGCUUUACAUCCGUCUCAUAUGAAGGAUCAACUCUUCACGCUGCGGAUGAGGCACCAUAUAUAGCUGCUGCCGCUCAGUAUGGUAUCUGGAAGCAGGAUUUGGAUAGCAAUGAACUUCUUGAAGAACUGGUGACUAAUAUUAAAGAUGUAAAAGACAUUGACUGGUAUAAUGGAACAAUCUACUGGACCAACAGCUCAGGCCACAUUAACUGGGUUGAACUAGCUGACCCGUUUGUGAGUAAGAGAGUCAUGACAAAUCCAUUAUCACUAAAGGCUGAAUCUGUGGCGUUUGACUGGCUUGGUCAGUAUCUAUACUGGAGCUGCAACUCAAAUCAGAUAUGCAGAGGGUCUACAUCGAAGGAUGUUGAGGUAUUUUUCCAGGCAGAUGAUGAGAUUCUCAGUUUGGUCAUCGAUUCAUUGAAUGCUGCCAUCUACUGGACCACUAAAAUAUCUGUGGAGAGUUGUAGAUUGGAUGGAGGUGGUUAUCAACUUCUGGAUAAAAUGAGCGUGUUCUCUGGAAGAGAGGUUGCUGGAAUCACUUUGGAUGUGAUGGAGAGAAAUCUUUAUUGGCUGGUGAAGGAUGGUACACUGUUACAUCUGUACAGAGCAAACUUUAGCAGAGACAGGAUGCAAGAGCCUAAAGUGGUAGAAUAUGUCAAAUGGACCACAUCUCAAAUCUUGAAUCAUCAAGUGGGCUACUACAGUGGACGACUUGUGUGGCUGGAUGAGAAUAAACAGUUGAGGAUUCAAGAGGUGAACCAAAAAACCAGUGUCCAUAUGUCUUCCAGUAACACACUGACAGCGUUUACCAUAGUACAGAAGAUGCUUAAACCUCUGCCAGAUGGGUUCCUGUCUCCUCCUGUAGUUAUUCCACCUGCAGUUCCCAAAACCUCUGUUCAUCUUGAAGGCAAUCACACGUUUUUCCAGAUACUCUGGGAUGCCAGUAAUACUGACUUUGGGAAUGUGUUUUAUUGUGUGGUGUCUAAUGGACUGUCACAAAAUGUGAAACGACUUCAAAAUAACUACCCAAGCAGAUAUUGUCACCCUGCCAAUACAAUUUCUGAGCCAGUCAUAAAUGUGACCAGAUUUAAGCCGGACAGUGAAUUUAACGUCACCAUUACUCCCUUUUCAUACUGGGGUAAAGGGGAAUCAACAAGCACGAUUCUCCAUACACCAGGAAAGGGCUCUCCAAAACAAUCUGACAUGACGUUGGUUAUUGUAAUCAUAGCAGUGUGUGUCAGUAUUGCACUUAUUAUUAUCAUCCUGUCUGCAGUCUUUUGGCACAGACGUCAACAUAAAAAGGAUCAUGGGACAUCUACACAAACCGGUGGGCAUAUCCACAGCGAUGAGGAGUUGGAGUAUAUCCGAGGUUUGGUUGGUCUUGGGAACGCUUGCUAUGCCGUCAGUGCCAUACCUGCCCAAAGAGAGAUCGAGUCCAUCCCCGUGUUUCCCAGGGACUGUCUGAAGCUCCAGAAGUUGUUGGGAAGUGGAGCGUUUGGAGAGGUUUAUGAAGCUAUCACAGUUGGCAGCCAACUCACUGCUGGAGUCAUGCCAGAGAUGAGAGUGGCUGUUAAGACACUGCGCAAAGGAGCCAGUGAAAAUGAGAAAGUUGAAUUCUUGAAGGAGGCUCAUCUGAUGAGCCAGUUUAAUCAUACUAACAUCCUGCGUUUGCUUGGAGUCUGUCUGCUGAAUGAACCUCAUUACCUCAUCCUGGAGCUGAUGGAGGGAGGAGACCUCCGUUCCUACCUGAUUGGAGCUCGACCUACCCAUAACCACAGGGAGCUACUGAAUGUAACCAGCCUUCUGGACAUCAGUUUGGAUGCCUCCAAAGGGUGUGCUUAUUUAGAAAGGAAGCGCUUUGUUCAUAGAGAUAUUGCCGCUAGGAACUGUUUGGUUUCAGUAAAAAGCUACACAGACCCAAACAGAGUCAUUAAAAUAGGCGACUUUGGAUUGGCCCGUGAUGUGUACAAGAAUGACUACUACAGGAAAAAGGGUGAAGGUUUAUUUCCGGUUCGCUGGAUGUCACCAGAGAGUUUAACAGAUGGAAUUUUCAACAAAUACUCAGAUGUCUGGGCGUUUGGUGUGCUCCUGUGGGAGAUUAUGACAUUAGGAAAGCUUCCAUAUCCAACAUACACCAACCAUGAAGUCUUAAGCUACAUUAAUGCCGGUGGACGACUGCCUUUACCAACAGGGUGUCCUAAGAGUUUGUAUAAUCUGAUGAUGGACUGUUGGAAAAAGGGGCCAAAUGAAAGGCCAAGCUUCCAGGACCUAAAGGAAACCCUGCAUAAAUUGCGAGAUUACGAAGCAGAUCAAAUAGGCGAAAAUAUGAUUGCAUGUCAUGUAAACCAAGCAUACCAAGAAGAUGAGGAGGAGGUCUGCACAAGGGUGGAUGAAGAUGAAGAUGUAGAAACAGGACUUUCUCCUGUGCUCAACAACGAUGGACUGAAUUACUUGAUGUAUCGAGCUGAGAGUCCAGACAGUGUCAAAACAGACAAUUCCACACUGUCAGAUGACAGAUAAGACUAGGAAACCACAUUUCACAAGACUUUUUUAAGAUGUCAAAUAAAUAUUUGGUAUAACAUGUUAAAAUUGACAUUUGUAGGUGAAAAUGUGCCGUUUUGGGUGUGUCCUUUAAAAUGCAAAUGAGCUGAUCUCGGCACUUAAUGGCAGUGCUGUGGUUGGAUAGUGCAGAUUAAGGGGCGGUAUUAUCCCCUUCUGACAUCACAAGGGUAGCCAAAUUUCAAUGACCUAUUUUAUCACAUGCUUGCAGAGAAUGGUUUACCAAAACUAAGUUACUGGAUUGUUCUUUUUCACAUUUUCUAGGUUGAUAGAAGCACUGGGGAACCAAUUAUAGCACUUAAACAUGAAAAAAGUCAGAUUUUCAUGAUAUGUCCCCUUAAAAAGUAACAUUACGUAUACGUAUACAUAUCAGAUGCACUAAAGCUACAAAACUGUACCAAAUUUGCUUUAGAUAUAUUUAAAAAAGGUCAUUUUAAUAGUAGAUUAAACUCCGUUCCGCGUUUUAGCUACAGCAUUGACUUUCACGCUGCUGCGUCCUCAAAUCCAUUCCAUUUAGCUCAUCAGAGUCGAUAUAAUUUAAACUCCAUUUCGUGUUUUCACUACUUUUGCCUGUUGCGCUCCUACAACAAAACAAGGUAAACAAAGCUCUUAGGCUAUAAAACAAUUGUUUAAUGAAAAGGCACCAGAAUACAAGAAAAAUUUAUCUACUCCAGGAAAUGUUUCUAGACUCUCAUUUUGGAAAAAAAGAUGAUUAUCAAAUAUAUAAUCUGCAGAGAAGUAUUACUUGUUCCCUUGUUGCCAUAAAAUGUAAAAAUCGCGUCAUUAUUUUGAAAAGAAAGUUUGUUUCCCCAUGUAAGACCCAGAGGAUGUCCUCUUGACCGAACAGUAGGAUUCAAAUAGGUUGAACAAAUUGUGCUUGACUUAGAGAUCUGAAACUCAUGUUCAUUAUAUAGAAGACAAAAAUGAAUUGAUGGGACUCUAUCUAUAUUUAUUAAUCAUUACCAUUUGACAGUAGCAGAAUAAAAGUACAGUUUUGUUCAUUAGAAAUCUUUACAUAUACUCUUAAAGUACUAGUUACAAAAAUAUUUACUCAAGAAAAUAUAACAAAUUAAAUGUAAUUCAAUACUACCCACCUCUGAUGUCAAGAUGCACAGCUGAUAACCAUAUUAGGCCUACAUACAUCUGAAUUAUUCUUAUGACUCAAAUGUUUCAAUAUUUAUUUGUUUGUUUAUCCAAAAUUACUUGUUUAUAUGGGAGUAAAUCUUCACUUUAUUUACAAUAAUCUACUUUAUUUAUAUAAACUGUUCAUGUAUUUGUUGAAAGUCUAAGGGAUGGUUUCCCGGAAAAGGAUUAGCUUAAGCCAGGACUAGGCCUUAGUUUAAUUAGGAAAUAUAACUAGUUUUAACAAACAAUAGUUAAUGUAUUACCUAACAUGAACAAACCAUGAGCAAUACAUUUUGUUACAGUAUUUAUUAAUCUUUGUAAAUGUUAGUUAAUAAAAAUAAAGCUUUAAAUUGUUUGUUCAUGUUAGUUCUCAGUGCAUAAACUAACGUUAACAAGAUUUUAAUAAAGUCUUAGUAAUUGUUGAAUUUAAAGCAACACCAAAGAGUUUUUUUUACCUUAAAAUAACGCUUCCAAAACAGUUUCAGUCGUUCAUCCACUCUAAACAGGGUGAACAGCACUUUCACAUUCGCUUUGCAGCCCUCUAUCGGCCAAAACCGCACUAAAGAAGUUUCCAACCGUCGGGUAGCGGUCCUGUAGUCCGAGUGAAUACUACAAAAACUUGCUUUACGGCAGACCUACAAUCCAAUCAGAGCCAGCUAUGCCUCAGUAUUUAUGACAGUGGGUAAUGGACAAUUACGCUUCUAACCUGUAGGGGGAGCAAAGAGCAAAAACUCUUUGGUGUUGCUUUAACAUUAUCAAGAUGAAUAAAUGCUUUAUAGGUGCAGUUCAUUAUUAGUUCAUGUUAACUAAUGUAGAUAACUAAUUAACCUUAUGGUAAGUGUUACCAAAAUGCUUUACUUAAAACAUUACUUGUGUGCAUUUUGGGGCAAAACAAAGAGCCUCAGUUUGGACAGCUCUUACAUUUAUUUUAGACUAGGACUAGUCUAAUCCCUGUCUGGGAAACCGCACCAAAGUGUUUAAACAUAAUGAAUAAAAUGUCAUUCAGUAUAUUUGUGCGUGUGUGCUCCAACAUUAAAAUUAUUUGGAUCUCACUAUGAAAACCAACAGAAAUGUUUAGUGUCAAGAAAUAACAUCAAUUCUAUAUUUUUAUUAAACAGGCCAAGAGGCUCUACCACCUGUUAGAUACUGUAGAUAUUUAGGGGUGGUUUUCCAUACAGGUCUUAUCUUAGUCCCAGACUACAAUGCAUGUUUGAGUUGCCUUAAUAAAAAAAAAAAAUCUAAAUAUAUUUAAAAACCUCUUGUAUUGACAUAUCUUAACAUAUAUCAGUGCCAUUGUUUUGUUUUAAGAUGCACCCAAUAUUGUUAUUUUGUCAGGUAUGUUUGUAAAAACUACUUAAAUGUCUUAAUAUAACUAAGACCUAGUUCUGGAUUAAUCUAAUCCCUCUUUGGGAAUCUUCCCCUUAAUCAAAUCAAAUGGUUUAAUAUGUCGUUAGUUGACAAAAAAUAUGACCAAAUUUAAGUAGUUUAAAACAAUAUUAAAAACAAUACUGGUGUGCAUCUUGAGACAAAACAAUGACACUGAUAUAUGUUGAGAUGUCAGUACAAAAUGAUGGCAGCUCACAUAUGCAUUUUAGUCUGGUACUAGAAUAAGCCCGUCUGGGAAACAGAUGUAGUGUCAUAUCAGAUGUAGGUGGCUUCAGGUUCAGCUGUGAUUUUGAGGUGUAGUUGUGGUCAGAGACAGAUAAAUCCUCCGAUUUCGUUUCUGCAUCACAGUUCAGGAGCAUGUGGAAGGUCUCAUCCUCACACCACAUCACUUAUCUGUGAAAAUAAUAAAACCAUAAACAUAUUUUUACAUUAGUACUUAAAAUACACCCUGAGAAAUAAUAUAUGAUGGCACCUAUGCUUAAACAGAACAGAGAGUUAAAAACAAGACCGUAUACACACAACAUCUAACUCCAGUGUUAAUAAAUAAGUCAUUAUCAAUAUCUGAAUAUCUUUGUGUGCCCGAAAGUCCCUCUCAGCCGGAUGUAAGAUGACCAAAUGAAUGCAAUGGCGUCACAUUCAUUGGCGGCAGAUCAUGGGAUGCAAAGUUAAAGGCUUUGAUCAUCACAGAUUUCAUUGCUUCUGGUUGACUCAGGCUACGGCUGCAGUCAUCAUUGAGCAUCACACUGAACCGGAGCUGGGUCUGUCACGCUCUUCAUGGCUCUUUUGG